AUUGUCAUAUAAUAUAAGAAGUGCAUAUACAGUACUGUUGUUGUCUGCUAGAUUAGUACCUUGGCUGAUGUGUUCAUGAAGUAUUAGCAUAUCUUGAGGACAAAGAAAUUAUUCCCUCUGUAUGCACCAAGAAGAAAACUCCGGCAGAAGUAAACAAAAAAGGGAUUUAUUCUCUUUCAAAAGGAAAACCCAGAGGAAACCUUUUCGCCUAGCUUCUAAAUGCCCCUUUCAUCAUGUAUAAGAUAAGCAAAGAGAGGCCCUCAUUUGGCCAAGAAACUUGAUAACAUUUCCUUUACUUGAAACCUUCAAAAGAAAACAAAGAAGCAUAAAAUCUCCAAUGGAAACCAAGCUUGUAGCAAACAAUGAGCAGUGUUACGAGGACUUCGAACCGUUUUGCCGGUGGAAGAAAGAGGAAGGACUUGACAUUCUUGAGGUUCAUCUACCAGGUUUCAAAAGACAAGAUGUCAGAGUUCAAAUCAACAACAAGGGCAUCCUAACCAUUAGUGGAAAGCAAUCUAUGGAAGAAGAAACUGCAUCUCCACCCAGCCGCUUCCUCAAAGAGAUCAAAAUUUCUACAAAUUGUGAUACGAGUGGAAUCCGUGCUAAGUUUUCGCAUGGAAUUCUUUCCAUUUCUAUGCCUAAGAAAGUGCCAAACCUUUCAACACAAUUAUCAGGCAGCGGAGACAAGAUUAAGGCCGCUGAAACUGCUACAUGGUCGUCAAUUAAUUACUAUUUACGUGGUUUAAGAAGCAAAGUUUUAAGCAAGGAGAUGGUUCUGAAGAUGGCGGGGGUCGCUCUGGCAAUGGCUCUUGGAGGUUAUGCAAUAUAUAGAUAUCCAAAGUCAGCUUGUGUCCAAAACUGAAUUAACAUACGCUGUACAUCAUUUUCAGAUCAAAUUUCACUUCUUUGAUUAUUUUUCAAGUUGGCUGUUUUUAUUUAUUUAUAAUUUAUAAGUUUAUUAGUUUGGUUUUUAGUGCUGCUGUUGCCAAUUCUAU